AUGUUUAAAUUAUUAAUGUUAUCGUCAGUCAUCGCCUACUGUACAGCCAGUGGUGGUUAUGGUGGAUCUGCCGGUGCGUUCAGCUCAUCGAACGGUAACGCCGGUGGCUUUGGAUCAUUGGGUGGCGGAUACGGUGGCCUUUCAUCAGGCAAUGGUAAUGGUUUCAACAGUGGAUCGUUUGGCAACAGUUAUGGAAGCAAUGGUGGCGACAACGGUGGAUACGGCAACGCUGGUGGUUAUGGAGGACAGAGUAACGGACCCAUUCAGGCGGCUGUCCAUUCCCGACACAGUGUGGAGAUCAGACCCGUUCCCACUCAAAACGCACCGAUACAACCACAAGUCAUUGAAGUAGAUUCAGGAGAUCUACCCAUCAUCUUAAACUUCAACUCCCGUUCCUCUCGAUUGGUAGUCCAACAGAGUCACGCACCUGCUCCUCCACAAGAAGUACAGUCAACCAAAUCGGAGGACGAACCUCACCGUUUAGUUCACGAAGUGCUUAAACCAGUUAUCCAAGAGGUACGCGAAGUGAUCACCCCUUACAGACGCAUCGUCCAAGAGGUGCGACCAGUUGUUGAAGAGAUUCACACAGUUGUAGCCAAGGGUGAGGCAAGACGUCGGGAAAACGAUGGCUAUCAAACAGGAUCCACUAAUGGAGGUUAUGGUAACAACGGAGCCACCAAUGGUUUCUCCUCUGGUGCCGGCGGUUACGGAAACAACGGCGGUUCAGCAUUUGGUUUGACUGCUGGCGACAAUGAGGGCGCUUACGGCACCCGAUCCAAUGUGAUUGCCCUACCACGAGGCACCAACAAUUAUGGUACCAGUUCCUUGUCAUUUGGCAAAUCAUCCUCAUCCAAAUCGUACAGAUCAUAA